ACAGUUGCCUUGAUUUCACCAUCUUUGUUGACACGUGCUUCGAUUAUUUGCUUAGUUGCACAGCGGUGAGUAGGGCCUAGCAUAGGUGAGCCGCAUGCGGGUUAAAGAGCAGAAAUGAUUUCAGUUGCAUUCUGACUGCAUGAACGGAAGUUUCUCCAUUCUCCUUGACAUAGAGUAGCCUACUUUUGUGUGUGUGGUGGGCGGGAAAUCUCAUACAGUUCCGACAUGUCUGUAAAGGAGAAUUAUUACGAAGGAGACCUAAAUAGUUUACCCGACGACUCCAAUGUUGUCCAACGUUAUUUAUUACAACUGAGACAGAGGGCGCAGAAAGACGUCAUCGACCCGCAGGACAGGUUGAAUUGGUCGGACAGUUUUCUAAUAAAGUUUCUGAGAGCGAGAGACUUUGAUGUUGAGCUGUCACUGAAGCUACUAAUUAAUUACCAGCGUUGGAGGAGAGUGCGCCCAGAGAUCAAUGCCAACCUGCACCCGUCCUCUGUCCUGGGACUCCUCCAGAAUAACUACCAUGGAGUGCUGAGGGACCGGGACCUCAGUGGCAGCAGAGUGCUCAUCUAUAGGAUAGGUCAGUGGAACCCUAAAGAUUUCACAGCUUACGAGGUGUUCCGUGUCAGUCUGAUCACAUCUGAGCUGAUCGUCCAGGAGAUCGAGACCCAGAGGAAUGGACUGAAGGCCAUCUUCGACAUGCAGGGAUGGUGCUUCGCUCAUGCCCUACAGAUCAACUCCUCCCUGGCAAAGAUGAUGUCCUCUGUGCUCACGGACUCGUUUCCUCUGAAGGUGCGAGGGAUCCAUCUGAUCAAUGAGCCCAUAUUCUUCAGACCCGUCUUCACCAUGAUCCGUCCAUUCCUGACUGAUAAGAUCAAACAGCGGAUCCACAUGCAUGGCAGUAAUUUCAAAGAGACGCUGAGUGGCUUCUUCUCCAAAGACAUCCUCCCUCAGGAGUACGGGGGCAGCGGCCCCUCCAUGGAGGAGGUGUGUCAGGAGUGGACCUCCCACAUUCUGCAGUCUGAGGAACGCCUCACCCAGCUCUCCAUCUGCCCUGCAGGAGAUGAGGUCACCCCAGACCCAGAGACAGAACCUGACCCUGACAGCCAGUCUGCCUACAGCUCCUGACUCCAAAUGGACUACACAUCCCAGAGUGCAUCUCAAUGACAAACCACACAACUCAUAGCAUCCUUCUGAAGUGGAUGGGGUGCACAUCUUCAGCUCUCGAGGUCCAAGAUUAUAUGCAAGUUUACUACCAGUUUCCUGGUUAUUAAGUUUGUCAGUUGAUGAUGGUAGGACCAAAUGCUCAAAAGAAUUGAGUACAUUGUGUUUGGAAUUAGACCUAGACUACUUUUCUCUAUCUCCUGUUUUAUGGGUUUUAAAGUAUAUUAGCAGUAUACAGCCAACUGUCUGUUACCAUGUGUUAUAACUAAGACCAAGGUCAAAGAUGUAUGUUUUAGCUAUUUGUUCAAUUUUGUGAAUGUCUACUAUAUUAGAGACUUGUAUUUUUAUACUAUAAUUGGUGUUUUAAUUAUGAAGAUUAAAGGUCAAUUCCACCA